CGCACCCGUCACUGUCGGUAAAAACACGAAUCUUCCUUGCUCCCCCCUUUCGGUGUACCGUCUGCUUCCUCUCCGUUCUUUUUCUGUCCACCUCCUCAGUUUCUCUUCUGUAAUCCCUACAAAGGGAAGAGAAAGGAGUCGCAUGUGAGCCGAUCCCUCGUCUGUCCAAAUGGCCUUUCUCCGAUCCUACUCGAAUGCAUCCUCUGGAAUGGGUGUUGCUGAGGAUUGCAGAGACACCUUCGUAGAGCUUCAAAGGAAGAAGACCCAUCGAUAUGUGAUAUUCAAAAUUGAUGAGAAACGAAAGCAGGUUAUUGUGGAGAAGACUGGAGAUGCAACUGAAAGCUAUGAUGAUUUCAUGGCAUCUCUGCCUGAGAAUGAUUGUCGUUAUGCUGUCUAUGAUUUUGACUUUGUCACUGAAGAGAAUUGUCAAAAAAGCAAGAUCUUUUUCAUUGCCUGGUGAGACUUUUGAUGCUAGAAU